AUGAAAGUGCCCACCACCUUCAACGAGAUGCUUCUUUUCAAUGCUUCAGUCAUGGGCUUUGGCUCCAACACGUGGAUGAACAUCAUCCUCAGUCAGUUUGACGAUAUGGUUCGAAACGUUGCCAACUCCUCCCGUCUUCAGGAGGAGUGUGAUGUGGUCUCCUUGGUUCUUGCAAAGUACCGAGGCCCCAUCAACCUGCCAGACUUCAAAGCAGUUACGCUGGCUUCACUUCGGUCCCUGCUGCCAGAGGACUGGGACUCGAGUCACGAGAUUGCCUGGGGCUGGCUUUGGGAGAACAUCGAGGGCCUUCUCAGCUCCAUGAUAGGCAAGCCACGACAACAGGAGCAUGCCUUGGGAAACUUCUUCAGAUACAUGGAGGAACAGGAUUCACUGCGGCUGACGCAGCAGCUGUUCCCAGUUUUCUUCGAGCUUGCACCUGCUGGUCAGGACUUCUUCCAGCAGUCAGCCACAAGAAUGCACUUCAUCUCUGGUCGAAUUCUGACGAUGACGCUGGACAUGUAUGCUGCCCCAAGAAAAAUGGUUGAAGAAAUUUCUGGAAUUGGUUUACGCCACGUCGGCUAUGCUAUUCCCGUGGAGAUGUUCCCUCCCUUCGUUUCCGCAGCGGUGGGUCUGCUACAAGAGCUCACCACCAACGAGCUUGCGAUUGAAGCAUUCCGAUGGUCCUUGGCUCUCAUCUCAAAGAUUUUAGUACGGGCCAUCACAGAGGGCUCAACUCUUGUGAUGAAAGCCAUUAAUACCAAUCAGAAAUUGAUGCUGGAGAAGGCCAUGGAAGUAUGCUCGCGAGGUCAGCGCGCCAACGAGCUGCUCAGCAUCACUGUAGGCACUCAGUCCAUCUCACCUUUUUACUGGGCCAUCGACAGCGGAGCGACAGUCUGCGCAGUUGCCAUGCUGGAAGAUUUGCUGACGAUUCGGGCAGACCGUGACGUGUAUUAUUUCGGCUAUGACACGCUUUUCACCCGGCAUCCGGAAGUUAUCCAACGCUUGUGCGCAACGGCCCCCACACUGAUGCCUACGUUGUUGGAUGGCUUGGUGUGGCGUUCUCGUCAGACCAGAGAAGGUUCCCGGCGCGUGAACUACUACGUGAAGCACUUGAUACAGGACUUGGAGGGCAACUUCAGCCAGAACUUGGAGUGGUUAGUCGCACAUGGAGACCCUAAGAUCAUUCGUCACCCCACUGUGGUGAUGUUUGCCGACCUGCUGUGGUACAAGCUGGCAAGCUACAAGUUCGUCCUGUCGAAAUUGUACUUCCUGGUGAUCAUGGUGAUCUUUGUCACCAGCCAAGCGAUCAUCCCCAGCCACACGGGCGCAGAGCAAACCCAAGAAGAGCUUAUCGUCAUGUUCACGUUCCGCAUGAUGAACUACCUGGGCAUGAUGUGCAAGCUGAUGUUCAGCACUAUCCGAAAAACGUGCUCCGACUGCGCGAGCGGAAAUCUCAACAGGUCGUUCUGCAUUCCGAUUCCGAAUUUCCUCUUCAGCGCCCAAGAUGCAGCCAAUUUCUGCCUCAUGUGGCUCCUCAUUAUCAGCUGCGCACAGGAGCCUUUCAUUCUGUGCCUGAUCUUCGGCCAGACUGGUCCGAACGGCUUUCCAUUGACAACUACCUGCCAGGGAGCUGAGGAGUUCAUGGGCACCUACUCCAUCACCAGCUUCCUGGCCAUGAUGAUUUACUGGGCACUUCUUCUGGACUUGGCCAUCUUCUCCAUGCGAAUUUCCGCCUAUGUUCUGGUUUGUGGGCGAAUGCUGGGUGAAGUUGCCCUCUUCCUUUGCGCUCUGACUUGCAUUAUACUCGCGUUUUCAACGUCGGUCAGCGCCCUUUACAACGAGUAUCCGUCCAUCGAAGGGUUUUACGUUUGGGCUGACGUCCUCUUCCAGAUGGCAUUGGAGAUAUAUCCCGAGGAGAACUACCUCGACAUUGCGGCACGCUCCGUAUUUGUCUUUGUGCCGAUCGCGGUCUUUGUGUUUGUAGUGUCCAUUAUGCUGAUGAAUUUGCUUAUUGCGCAGCUGACCCAAUCCUACCACGACGCCUACUCGAACAUGCAGGGCUACGCUCGCUUGAACCGAGCAGCCAUCACAGCGAACACGCUGCACGCCUUGUCGAGGAAGCGGUGGUCAGGCUUUCUGGCUGGCCUGGCGAUGGAUCAACCUUUGGAAUUCAAUGAAGGCGAUGCUUCUUGA